AUGGAAGAGCUCCAAUUCUAUGAGGAAGGGAACAACUACCACUACCAGGGGUUUAAGCUCCACGAGGACGAGAGCUACUUUCAGUUCCAGGAUCUUAGCGCUGACUACCAGCUCGGAGAGAAAACAUGGUUCUCAUAUCAGCAUUUUCGUGCCAUUUCUUGUUCACAAAGAAGCUCCUCUCAAGACGAGCUUGGCUGCCUCUCUGAGGUCGACUUCGCGAGUUUGUGGGCUCAGGUGGAGGAGGACGACGCACGCCGCAAGAGCAAGGAAGGCGACUGCGAGAAGGCACUCAUCAAGCUGGAGCCUGGCAGUGGCAGCGUGCAGAAGUGCGCGGAGAUGCAAGGACAUCGGAGAAGUGUACUAGGGAAGAAGGCACUGACGUUCGAGCUGGUGUCACGGCACUUCUGCAUGCCGAUCAAGCAGGCGGCGCAGGAGCUCAACGUCGGGGUCACGGUGCUGAAGAAGCGGUGCAGGGAGCUCGGCAUCCCGCGGUGGCCGCACCGCAAGGAGCUCGGGAAGCUGACUGAGCAAGAGGACGGGAAUCUGACGAAGAGCAAGGUGGAAAGCCUGCAGCAGGAGAAGAAGCUGAUCGAGGAGAGGCCCGAGGUGAUGCUGGAUGAGAGGACGAAGGAGCUCAGGCAGAUGUGCUUCAAGGAGAAGUUCAAGAGAAGGCAGCAGCUCAUCAUGGGGCAUGGCACCUGGUGA